AUGAGGACUGCCCUGGUCUUCGCCUGCUUGGUGGGGAUGGCGUGCACCUUCUCGGUCAAGAGCUGGCUGCGGCGAGCCAAGUUGGACGACUCGGAAGAAAACGCGGUGUUCAAGAACAGGCACCGGUAUUACCUGUACAGAUACGCCUACGUGCAUCCCCUGCAGCGACGGUACCAGGGCAGUGACUCAUCGGAAGAAGAGGGGGACCGCUCAGAGGAGGAGGAGGAAGGGGGGGAGCCGUCCCAUGCUGGCAACGAGGCAGCUGGCCACCCCGCCGGAGCAGCCCCCGGGGACAGCCAGGGCGGGCUGGGAGGAGAUGUUGCAUCCCCCCAGCAGGGCAAGUGCUGCCUAGGGUCUCUGAAGGGGGGCAGGAACAGCGCUGCCAGCAAGGGGGGCGACUCCGAAAAUGAAGACAGCGACGAGAAUGAGGAGGAGGAGGAGGAGGAGGAGGAGGAAGAAGAGGUAGCUGAGAACGAGAAUGGCGUCAAUGGCACAAGCACCGACACCACUGAGAGGGCAGACGGACCUCAUGGCAAUGGCACCACGGCGGCUGAGGAAGGCACCGGCAUGGCCGAGGAGGAGGAGGAAGAGGAGGAGGAAGAAGAAGAGGAGGAGGAGGAGGAGGAGGAGGAGGAGGAGGAGGAGGAAACUGAAGCUACUACUGUCGCCAGCACCACCGGCGAAGAGGGGCUGUCCCAGGCGACCACCACGGGAGAUGGGGGACCCACUGACGCCACCACAGCCGGGGAGCAGUGGGAGUAUGAGGUGACGGCCGGGGGCCACGGCCGGGGGGACGAGGGCACCACUGACGGCAGCUAUGGGGAGCAGGAUGAGUACGCCCGUGGGGACAGCUACCGGGCCUACGAGGAUGAGUAUGGCUACUACAAGGGGCACGGCUACAACGUGUACGGCCAGGAUUACUACUACAGCCAGUGA